GGGGCAGCUUGUACUUCGAAUUUCACCCCAGCAAUACGAUUAUUAUUCUCCUGAGUACCAGACCGUUCGUUCAACCACAAACCCACCGACAGCAAUAUCGGAAAACAAUUAAUUUUCAAAGGCAUCACAACGUUCCCAUCUAUUUCUCCUUCUUCAAUACCCUUGCAAUCAUCGAACUCAGUAAAUAGAUAAUCACCAUGGCACCACCCACCGCCGAAAGCGCUUCCCCCAUCGGAAUUGCGAAUUUGCCCAACCAAAGACACAAGAUUGUCGCAAAGAGAGGUGCUGCCUUCACUAUUAUGGUCGCUGGCGAAUCUGGACUUGGAAAGACAACCUUCAUUAAUACCCUCUUCUCUACCACAAUCAAAAACUAUGCCGAUCACAAACGCAGACACGCAAAGCAAGUGGAUAAAACUGUUGAGAUUGAAAUCACAAAGGCUGAAUUAGAAGAGAAAUUCUUCAAGGUUCGUUUGACUGUUAUCGAUACACCUGGUUUUGGAGAUUAUGUCAACAAUCGCGACUCCUGGAUGCCAAUCAUCGAGUUUUUGGAUGAUCAACAUGAGUCCUAUAUGUUGCAAGAGCAACAGCCUCGCCGUGUUGAUAAAAUCGAUUUACGUGUACACGCUUGCUUGUACUUCAUCCGACCUACUGGCCACACACUGAAACCCCUCGAUAUUGAGGUUAUGAAGAGACUCAGUUCAAGGGUAAACUUGAUUCCAGUAGUUGCUAAGGCUGAUACCUUAAGCCCGGCUGAUUUGGCCCGUUAUAAGCAAAAGAUCCAAGCUGUCAUUGAAGCACAAGGUAUCAAGAUCUACACACCACCUAUCGAGGAAGAUGACGAGGCUGCUGCUCAACAUGCCCGAAGUUUGAUGGCUGCUAUGCCAUUUGCAGUCAUUGGCUCAGAGAAGGAUGUCAAGACUAGUGAUGGACGUAUCGUUAAGGGUCGUCAAUACGCAUGGGGUGUUGCUGAAGUCGAGAACGAAGACCACUGCGAUUUCAAGAAGUUGAGAUCCAUUCUUAUCCGAACACACAUGCUCGAUCUCAUUCACACUACCGAAGAAGCACACUACGAGGCUUACCGCGCCCAACAAAUGGAGACUCGCAAAUUCGGUGAAGCUAGACCUAGGAAGCUUGAUAACCCUAAAUUCAAGGAAGAGGAAGAGAGCUUAAGAAAGCGUUUCACCGAGCAGGUUAAGAUUGAGGAGCACCGUUUCAGACAGUGGGAGCAGAAGCUCAUCAGUGAGCGUGAUCGUUUGAACAAGGAUUUGGAGAGUACACAUGCUGCCAUCAAGUCCUUAGAACAAGAACUUGAGCAAAUGCAAGGCGGUGCCGCAACUCGCAGUCACGGCCGUCGUUAAAUAAGGCGUGCUUGGGGGAGAAUGUUCUAAUCUAAAAUUGGAUUGUGAGGAUGUAUCGGGGGCACCCGAGUAUGGAUGAUAUGAUAGCAGGUGAUGCUGAGAGAGUUGCAAGACGGGUUGUUCUGCAACAUGUGGUUUUUCUUUUUUCUUCGACAGUUAACGUUCAGAAGGCCUCUUAAUUCUAAAUAGCUUCUUAUGAGAGGCUUCUAUUUCCACUAGUUUUAGCCACGAUGUAAUUCAUGCUCCUUCAUGAUAAUUUGUUCA